CUCAUUUCAGGACUUGAACUCACUCUCAUUCACCCAUCAAGACCUCAAUCCAAAAAAAAACCACCAUCAUAACACCCCAGGCCAUCAUUACAUUUGGCAUUCUGAACCACAGACAUCACUGAUCAACUGCCAGAAGACCUGAAUCACCACCACCUCUCACGCCUCUUUACAAGGAGCUGAGAAUUUACCUCCUCUUACGCAACCCAACCCCACCUAGAAAAUUCAUCCAUCUAUCCAAAGGCAAACCUCGAAAGAAAAGAAAAACCAAGAAAGAGAAACCAAAAAAAACACCAUGGCAACCCACACCCACUCUCACGACGGCCCAGGCGCCCACAGCCACUCCCACGAAGGCCUCACCACAGGCACCUUCAACGCCCAAGAACACGGCCACUCGCACGAGAUCCUCACAGGCCCAGGCUCCUACCUUGGCCGCGAGAUGCCCAUCGUGCAGGGCCGCAGCUGGGCCGGGCGCGCCUUCACAGUCGGCAUCGGCGGGCCCGUAGGCUCCGGCAAGACAGCCCUGAUGCUGGCCCUGUGCCUGGCCCUGCGCGAGCGCUACAACAUCGCCGCCGUCACCAACGACAUCUUCACGCGCGAGGACGCCGAGUUCCUGACCCGCCACGCUGCGCUCCCGGCCCCGCGCAUCCGCGCCAUCGAGACGGGUGGCUGUCCCCACGCCGCCGUGCGCGAGGACAUCAGCGCCAACCUGGCCGCCCUCGAGGACCUGCACGCCGAGUUCGGCACCGAUCUGCUGCUCAUCGAGAGCGGCGGGGAUAACCUCGCUGCCAACUACAGCCGCGAGUUGGCCGACUUCAUCAUCUACGUCAUCGACGUGAGCGGUGGCGACAAGGUCCCGCGCAAGGGCGGGCCGGGCAUCACGCAGAGCGACCUGCUGGUGGUGAACAAGACUGACCUGGCCGAGGCCGUGGGCGCGGACUUGGGUGUGAUGGAGAGGGAUGCGCGCAAGAUGCGUGAGGGUGGGCCUACUGUGUUUGCGCAGGUGAAGAAGGAUGUGGGCGUGGAUCAUAUUGUGAACUUGAUCUUGAGCGCAUGGAGGGCCAGUGGUGCUGAGGACGUGCAAAAGUCCAAAGGCGGUCCCACGCCCACGCCUGGCCUGGAUGCUCUGAAGAAGUGAAGUGGGAGGGGGCGGGGAUUGUUGGUCAUCAUCAUAAAAGGGAUUCAUAUAAUAAUUGAGCUCUAGUAUACGGCGGCGAUAUACCC